UUCAAGUUCAAUGCUGGACAAAUUUCAGCAAACAAGUUUUCGCCAAUUGCUCGUUAGUCUCCCGCUUGAAGGACAAUCUGGCAAACAGUUUGCGGCCAUAUAAAGCCGCAGACACGGCACAGCAUCAGCAACAGUCACUCGUCGACUUCAAAGCAAACACCAAGCUAAAACCAGCAAACCAAACUCCAAUCAACAUGUUCCGCUUCAUCGCUAUCUGUGCUCUGGCCACCAUUGCCGCCGCUGCCCCAGGAUUCGUUGAGCAGCACCAUGUCGGCCAUGUGGUGGCAGCUGCUCCCGUCCUCACCAAGGUGGGAGCCGUCGUGCACAGCGCCCCGGUGGCCACCUCCCACCAGAGCUUCACCCAGUUCCACAACCAGGCCGUGAUCACGCCCGCCGUGAAGCACGUCGCUCCCGUGGUGCCCGUCGUGAAGCACGUGGCUCCCGUCGUGCACCACCAGAGCUAUGUGGCCGCACCCACUGUCCACCAUGUGGCUCCAGUUGUGCCAGUGAUCAAGUCCGUGGCUCCCGUCGUGCACCAGACCUAUGUGGCCGCCCCUGCCGUCCACCAUGUGGCUGCUGUGCCCGUCCUCAAGGCCGUGCCCCAUGCCGUCUCCCACCAGAGCCACGUCCAGAUCCACCAGAAGGCCGUCAUCGCCACCCCAGUGCUGAAGACCAUCGCCACUCCAGUGUUGCCUGUGGUCAAGACCGUUUCCGUGGCCGCUGCUCCCCUCACCCAUGUCUACCAUCACUAAGGAAUUCUCCUCCCUCGAGAACUCUUUUUCGUUCCGAUUUGUUGACCAUUUGAAUAAAUUUAUUGUUGAAA